AUGAAGACCCUCUCCCUCCUCGCUAUCCUCCUGCCUCUUUUCGCGCGCAGCACAGUGGCCGUAAACCCGGCACCGGGCGAGUCGGAAAACAUCUACGUCUCGGGCCCGCUCUCGCUCGACUACUACAACGGCCAGGCCCUCCUCUGCAACACGCAGCCCUGGAGGCUCGUCAAGAACGCGCCCGGGUUCCCGUCGGCCAACAUCGAAUGCGGCUCGGGCGGCAACUGCGACUGGACGCUCCAGUGUGGCCAGACCCCUGGAAAGGGAUGCCUGUUUUCGAGCUCGCCCGUCAAGAACAAGACGACGGGCAGGUACUGCUACUCGCACCAAGUCAAAGGUACGACUUUUGGCGUGGACGGCGACCCUUCUGACCUCGGCGUGUCGGACAUGAUCCUCAGCAACAGCAACAUCCAUGGCAACAGCUAUGGCGCUCUCGUCAACGGGCAGUUCACCCAGUUUGCAAACUGGACCCCCAAGUACCACUAA